UUGACAACAGCUACGCAUUAUAAUCCAAGCAAGAAUGAAUAUUAAAAUGGCUGUAGUUUUAGUGGGUGAGGUAGAGAGAGAGUCCCCACGUCGAUUGUGUCCAGUCUGGCAGACCGGGUAUAUGAAGUGACCAGAAAGCACGCCAAAGGUCCAGUUCACCGUAGCCCCCAUAUACCGUGCACUGAGCCCAGUCGUCCUAGCAAGUUCAAGCCCAUUACGCCCUUACAAAAGACUGUUUACCUGUGGGACGUUUCGUACUCGAGGCGCUGUGUGCCACUGGUAUUUACCUGCAUGCUACUGUGGGUUGACGGUCGGGUUGUCGCUGUUUUUCUCUGACAGUCACAAAACGCAUGGUGCUGAAGGAUGGAUUUUACCAUGGUGAUAUCUAUAUUAGUCUAACGCUUGGACUAUAAACAGGUUUUGUGAACACCUGAUUUACAAGAGAACUUGAAAUACUAGUUUAUCAGGCUUUACGGCACAAUGGACGGUAGACCAAGCGCAGCCAGAGAGACUACGAAACGGAGACCGAACAGGACAACUGAAAAGAGCAAGCAUGCAAAGAAAGAUAGCUCAAAGGAUUCCAAGCGCAGAUCUGAACAAGAUGGACCACCGGAUGACAUUCAGGCUUUUUUCGGGCAUCCUCUCACUGCGGCUACGACAGCUAUUAAUGGCGAGGACAGUACCAACGCGUCAGCAGCAGCUCUCUUCCACGAAUACAUCAAUCUACCCGCCAUAGAAAAAAGUGAAUUCAAAAUCGGAGAAAAAAUCGAUAUUGAAAAGUUGUCCCACAUCUACGAAGAGUCUGAAAGUUCAUUGAUCAAACGGGAGGAUCCCGCCGUGGUGGUUUUACCAGCGAACGGAACGGAGAGCGAUUACAUGGCCCUUCUUCAUACGGACGUCGACAAAUUCCUUAAUGGAGAGAGUACCCAAAUUAGUCAUCGUGACGAUGAGUUCAAAGAAACUGACAUCGACGACAGCGAUGAAGGACUAACGAAACAAACAGAAUCAAAAACUGAUAUUCCUCCUGAUUGCCAAACCGAUGAAAGCCAAACCAUGUCUAUAGAAGGUGACCCUUUAGAAGAUACCCCGUUGCUUGAAGCUACAUCUGAGGAUGCCUUGAGCGAUGCGCGGAUGGAUACAACCGCGUCACCUACGUCAUGCUCGGUUCCUUCCGCAAGUCCACCAGCGUAUCCGGCAGAUAGCGCGUCUGUAAGUCCGGAACGCCUUGUACAAUUGGUGCCCUCAGGCGAGGAGGUCUCGCUUUAUAAGGACUGCACACCCGUAACUAACGCAAUUACUUCAAUUAGCAGCGUAGAGGUAAAAACAGUUGAUAUCUUGUCUACAGAGACUGCCAACUAUAGAGAUAGUUCAGACACUAAAUCCACUGACCAGCCAAAGACUAACGGUAUUACUAAAAGGAUUUCUAAGGCAUUGAACGAGAAAAUUUUAAAGAAGCUGAAUCAACAAACAAUGGUUAGUAACAGUAACAACUGUGUGAUGGCAGUGUCGUCGGCUUCUUGUUUAAAUGGAUAUGCACAGGAUUCUCAAUCCAACAUGCAUAUAGGCAAUAACUUACCUUUAUAUCCAGUAAAGACGGAAAUGUUACAUGAGUAUUCCCAUAUGAACGGGAACGUUUCACCAGUGGAUGACACUUCUUUGUCAAUUAUACCGGCCAUAGCAACGACGGUCAUGACAGAUCACACGGCGCAGAGUGCCCCCUCCUCCGUUCUCUGUGAUACGAUGUCAGCACUCCAGAUGCCGGUAAACACCUCGGCGCUUCAGCACCAGCAGCACCAGCCUGGUCAGUACACAUACCCGCCCAGUGUGCAACCUGUACAUAUCAUCCAAAACGUGCAUACAACUUACCAAUCGAACAUCAACACUAACUCGCAGUCGGCUCACAACGUAACGCCGGUCCGACAGAACUCUUAUCCUCCAUCAUACCCUAGUGCUAACGGGUACAUGUACCCGGCGCUCAGCAGCCCUCCCUUGGAAGGCCAGACACCGGAAAGGGACUCUAUGUUGGAACGGUACAUUCACCAGCAGCAAUGUUUCCAUGAGAAUCAGCAGCUGUACCCGUAUGUGAUGAAGGACAAUCAGAAUUACGCCAUGAAGUCUCCAGACAGUGGCUAUCAAGAACCCUGCCUAUCUCCGAACAACAUUAAGGCCAUUGCUUACAAGGAUGGAAAUUCAAACUACCAAGACGGGGCCGCAAAUGGACCGACCUCCGGACAGAAGCGGAGGCGGAAGUCGGCCACCACAACGUCCAGCUAUGCGUCUAAAGGCUGUGCUUUCUGGCCAGGAAAUGACAAGACGAAUUAUAGUACGACGAUUCCCAAGCUGGACGUGAAUACAACUGGUUAUAAAUACACCAUGGAGACUCCCAUUUCUACAUCUGUCCGGGUCGAGGAGGACCGUAUCACAUACCUAAACAAAGGACAGUACUAUGGUCUCACGCUGGAGUUGAACGCUGACAGCAUUCCUCAAUGCCAGAUGGCUAAGUCGGUUAUUAUGGUCGUAUUUCGUGAUGACAAGACAUUAGACGAUGAGAGGAAAGCAUGGGAAUUUUGGCAUUCGAGACAGCACAGCUACAAACAAAGAGUACUGGACAUAGACACCAAGGAUAGUCAAGGCGUCCUUACAAGUAGUAUAACGGAAGUGGCCUUCAAUGCUGUCGCAGUGAAAUGGAACCCACGUGACUCGCCAGUCAAGGUGAACAUUGCUGUCCACUGUCUGAGUACAGACUUCAGUAACCAGAAGGGAGUCAAGGGAUUCCCACUUCACAUACAGAUUGACACGUUUGAGAACCCCAAAGACUCGUACCCCGUUCACCGUGGCUACUGUCAAAUCAAAGUGUUUUGUGACAAGGGAGCGGAAAGAAAGACAAGAGACGAAGAUAGAAGACGAACAAACCGAGCCAAGUCAGAAGCAUCCCACACGUCCUCACGUAAGCGAAAUGAACAGGAAUUGUUCUGGCCCCCAUGUGAAAGGUCCGAGUUCUACUCCAUGGCCGAAACGCAGACGUUCCCGGUCCUGUUCACGCCCGCCAGUGACCAGGAGGAGUCCACCAAGUCAAGCCCCGUCAAUGGUCUUCUACAAGAUGACGACGGAAAUUCAAGUCUCAACAGCACGGUAGAUUGCCUAGAGGACUCCGGGUACCCCUUGGCCAAGCGACAGAGACGUGACUCAUACGGCCAGUAUAUGGACUUCCCAAAAAUCCUCUUGUACGUCCGAGAACAGCACGAGACCGUGUUUACCGCCCUCAUGUUACGGACACCUACCCUCCAGGGUCUGCUACAAUCGGUGCAGGAGAAAUACAACGUCCUAGCUUCUAAAGUCAAAAGUACCUACAAGCGGUCAAAGAAAGGGAUCCUGGUCAGAAUGGACGACAACAUUAUCCGACACUAUUCUCACGAAUCUACGUUUAUGAUCGAACUGAACGAACUUAAUGAAGACAAGGAUUACGAGGUGAUAUUAACAGAAAUAGAUCCUAACUAAGGUGAUUGGUAUACCCCAAAACCAUAUAUCACUGUGACAGUCCAGGACUGUUCCCGCCGCCGAUCCGUUCCCGCCUAUCCGUUCCCGCCGACGAGGAGAACGCCGAGGCUCAACGUGAGCGUUUUGAUCUCAGGAACCAGCCAAUCGACACAAAGACAUUCAUAUUUGAAUUAAGACAAUUUUGUACGAAUUGGACUGAAUAGUCGUUCGUGUUGCGUCACACUGGAACAGCAGCAAGAAUACAGUGGACGCAGCAAAAGUUCCAAUAUGCAUAAUACAUGUAUAUACAGUCAAGCAAUACCGAUAUGUGGAUCAGCAACUUGUUUAUACUAGUCAAGUGUGUGUGUGUGGAAGGAGCUGCUGAUGGAACUGCAAUCAAAGGACUAUUGAUGCAUACUACACCUAUAUAUAUACGCUAACUGUAUAAGAUCGUAUCCCAAAAUAGCACUCGUGACAAAAUGCCAAUACAUAUCCAUUCUGCUCCUCGAAUUGUCUCAUGUUGUUACCCUUUGUUUCUUAUGUUCAUUGUUACUUAUGUUUCGUAUAUAUUUGCAAGAGAAGUUUUAUAGCAAAUAUGUACCAUAAGAUUUCUACGUAUCUCACAAUUUGUUUGUUGCAUAUGGAAAAAAAACUACAAAAAUUAAAUUAAAAUUAUAUAUUAUAUAUAUUAUAUACAUAUAUUUGACUUAUCAAAGUAUGUUGUUGAGAUGUUAUUUGUACAGAAAUAUUUUGAAUACUCAUAAUACACAUGUCACAAAAAGUGAAAACAAAAGCAAUUCUCUUUUGUUUAUGACACGUGGGUUCAGACUUGGACAGGGUACAAUAUUAUUCAUAACUGACUCAAAUGUUUGAAGAUACAGGAUCUUACCAAGUUUCAAUCUCAAAUUAUUAUUUUUUUCUACGAAUUCCAAAACAUAUUGUCCAUGUUCACAGCUUACAAUCUUAUUUUAAAAAGAUAUACUACAACGUUUCUUUAUUUUCAAUAUUGAUAUGCAAGUAGAAAGGUUUAGUUGGAUUUGCCGUCAAGCUAACAAGGCAUGAAGUCUAACUACACACUGAAAGGAAAUAGCAGUUCAGCACCUUUAUCACCAUCAGAACAAAGAUCGAAUUUUGAAAUUUGGUAGAUAAAGAACAAUUAUAAACUUUAGACUUGUAUAUGCAACGGUGUGGCGAGAGCAGUUAAUGUGUGCAUGUAACGGUUAUGUUAAAGUGAUUCAUGCUCAAACAAGAAUCAAAUCAAGUACAAAAACCCAAAAAGUGUUCUUCUGAUGAUAGACCUAACCAUACUUUAUGUGUAGGAAUACUUAGGAUAAUUGUGUUAUAUUUUGUUUACGAAAUCCAUUUGAAUCCGUAGAAUUGUUAGAUAAUGUAAUAGACAUACGUCGACUCAGUAGCUUGGGUGAGUGGAACUGGGUUGUAUUUUUCUACAGUCGAUGACUUGUAACCUUACCCAAUGAUACCAGGUGUUUGAACUCUACUUGUGUUUUAUAUGUUAGCAUUACAUGUCAACGUGUGAUGUACAGCGUUAAUCCAGGUUGUUAACACAUGGUGACGUACGGUGUUAACAUUAUAUAAAUAUGACAUUCAUGAGCAGGUGACAGUGAAUAUUGUCAACCCGAGAAAACCAUUGUCACCCG